AUGCCUAACUCUCUGGAACAGCUCAAGGCCGCUGGCACCACCGUUGUCAGUGAUUCUGGUGAUUUUACUUCCAUCGGAAAAUACAAGCCACAAGAUGCCACCACCAACCCUUCGCUUAUCCUCGCAGCCUCCAAGAAAGAGGAAUAUGCCAAGCUUAUGGACGUUGCUGUUGCAUACGGAAAGGAGCACGGCGACUCAUUGGACGAAAAGAUUGAUGCCACUCUAGACAGGCUGUUGGUUGAGUUCGGAAAGGAGAUCUUAGCAAUUGUUCCAGGAAAGGUCUCCACCGAAGUCGAUGCUCGAUUUUCCUUCUCCACCAAAGGUUCAGUUGAUAAGGCAUUACACAUCAUCGAGCUUUACAAGUCCAUCGGUAUCGACAAGUCCCGCGUCUUGAUCAAGAUCGCUGCUACGUGGGAAGGUAUCCAGGCUGCCCGUAUUCUCCAAAAGGACCAUGCAAUCAACGUCAAUCUUACUCUCAUGUUCUCCCAAGUUCAAGCUAUUGCCGCCGCGGAGGCUGGGGCAUUCCUGAUCUCUCCUUUCGUUGGACGUAUUCUCGACUGGUACAAGGCAAAGACUGGAAAGACCUAUAGCAAGGAGGAAGACCCAGGAGUCGCCUCUGUUAAGGCUAUCUUCGAUUACUACAAGAAGUUCGGAUACAAGACCAUUGUCAUGGGUGCCUCUUUCCGAAAUGUCGGUGAGAUCACCGAAUUGGCCGGAUGCGACUACCUGACAAUUUCACCAAAUCUCCUUGAGGAAAUGAUGGGAUCCAAUGAUGACGUACCAAAGAAACUCGAUGCCGGAGGCGCUAAGAACCUCGAUAUCGAGAAGAAGUCAUAUGUCGACGAUGAGUCUCUUUUCCGUUUUGACUUCAACGAAGACCAAAUGGCUGUUGAGAAGCUCCGAGAAGGUAUCAGCAAAUUCGCCGCCGAUGCGCUUACCCUCAAAGAUAUCCUCCAGAAGAAGAUCGAGGCAUAG